GGGCCCCCCGCGCGCGCUCACCCCGCGCUGUGCCGUGUGUGCGCUGCAGGCCUGCGGCAGAUGCGACUGGCGCUGCGCCGCGCCGACUGCCUGGUGGAGGUGCACGACGCUCGAAUUCCGCUGUCGGGCCGUAACCCCGCGCUCCUGGAGGCGCUGGGCAUCCGCCCUCACGUCCUGGUGCUGAACAAGAUGGAUCUGGCGGAUCCCCGCCGGCAGCCGGCGGUCUUGGAGCAGCUGAGGCAGCAGGGAUGCUCGCACGUAGUCUUCACGGACUGCCAGCGUGAUGUCAAUGUCAAGAAGGUUGUCCCCAUGGUUGCCAGGCUGGUGGCCGAGGGCCCACGCUACCACAGGGCUGAGAGCUCCGAGCACAACAUCCUGGUGAUCGGCGUGCCCAACGUGGGCAAGUCCUCGCUCAUCAACUCCCUGCGAAGGCUGCACCUCAAGAAGGGCAAAGCCACUGCGGUGGGGGGCGAGCCAGGAAUCACCAAGGCAGUACUGUCCAGGAUCCAGGUGUGUGAGAAGCCCCUGAUGUACCUGGUGGACACUCCUGGCGUGCUGCCCCCCAGGCUGGGGGAUGUGGAGACGGGAAUGAAGCUGGCGCUGUGUGGAGCCAUCUGUGACCACCUGGUGGGGGAGGACAUAAUGGCCGACUACCUCCUGUACACCCUGAACAAGCAGCAGCAGUUUGGGUACGUGCAGCGCUACGGGCUGGGCCAGCCCUGCGACCGCAUCGAGCCCCUGCUCAAGCACGUGGCGCUCACCCAGGGCCGCACGCAGAAGGUGAAGGUGCUGACAGGCACAGGGAAUGUCAACAUGAUGAUGCUCAACUACCCAGCUGCUGCCUACGAGUUCCUGAGGGACUUCCGAGCAGGACGCCUGGGCAGGGUGACACUGGACUGAGAGCUGUCACUGCCUGCAGCCAUGUGGAAUGGGGACACCCUGGUGUGGGGCCCAAUGGGGCUGGGAACUCCUCAGCAGGGAGCUAUGGUGUGUGAUUGAAGCGGCUCCGCCAGGGCUGUCCCGGAUUUUGGGACAGAAUGUCCUGUGGUGUCGCUGUUGCGAUGCUCCCGUGGAGAGCUGUGCCCGCCCCGGAGAGCCUGGGGCAGGGCUGGUGCCUCCGGCUGGCACCUGCAAACCGCCAGGGAGCUGUUUCCUCGCUGUGUUUUUGGCCUGCACGGGAGCCUCCAUCCCGAAAUAAAGCCUGCAUGGGCAGUGGCCGGGCGCUGGCCAUCCCAGGGUCCCGCCCCUCGCCCCGCA